AUGGAAAAUAGUAAUGAGGGAAUUAGCAGCACAUACUGUGUAACAGGGGCGACGGGUUACAUUGGAUCAUGGCUCGUUAAAUCUCUUCUGCAAAGAGGCUUCAAAGUUCACGCCACACUCAGAAAUCCUGAGAAGGCAACUGGUUUGUUGCAGUGGUGGCAAGGUGGGGCCCGGCUGAGUCUGUUCCGAGCCGAUUUGCAUGAAAAUGGAAGCUUCGAUGAUGCAGUAAGAGGCUGUGACGGCGUUUUUCAUGUUGCGGCCUCUAUGGAAUUCGACGUCUCUACUUCCCGAGAAGAUCUUGGAAGCCAUGUAAAAACAGAUGUCAUAGAUCCAGCCAUUAGGGGGACACUGAAUGUGCUCAAAGCUUGUCUAAAAUCGAACAUCCGUAAAGUCGUUUUUACUUCAUCAAUAAGCACAUUGACGGCGAAAGAUAGCUCGGGUGAAUGGAUACAAGUGGUGGAUGAAUCUUGCCAAACGCCAAUUGAUCGAGUACUAAAGACUAAAGCCAGCGGCUGGGUUUACGUGCUUUCGAAGCUAGUAACAGAAAGGGCAGCUUUUCAGUUUGCAGAGGAAAACGGAAUUGAUUUGAUAUCUGUCAUAACAACGACUGUAGGCGGCUCGUUUUUAACGCCAACUGUUCCAACAAGCAUUCGAGUUCUGAUGUCACCAGUUACAGGUGACUCUAAGUUUCUCUCGAUACUUAAUUCCGUAAAUUCAAGAAUGGGUUCGAUUGCGUUGGUUCACAUUGAAGACAUAUGCCGUGCGCAUGUUUUUCUCAUGGAGCACGCGAAUGCCGAAGGUCGUUAUAUAUGCUGCACUCGAAGCUGUACUUUGUCAGAAUUGGUCGAGCUCAUAAAAAACGGGCAUCCUUGUCCAAUUACGCCGAGGCUUGACAGCACGGAGGAAAUGAAAUCGAUCCCUAGCGAGAUUUCCUCGAAGAAGAUAAGAGACUUAGGAUUUGAAUUCGAUUAUAGCAUUCAAGACAUUGUGCAGCAGAGCGUUAGGUGCUGUUUGGAGUUUGGCUUUUUAUCGGACGGCUCGUGA